AAACGAACUCCCAACGGUCAAAUCAUUCGAAACUCUACUGUCUUUAACCAACCAACCAACGCUCUCUCUCCUCUUUCAUCCUUCUUUUUCUGCAAUUCCAACACCUCUCUCUCUCUCUCUCUCUCUCUCUCUGCAUUCUCUGUUUGUGGGGAGACUCAAAAUGACUUCUUUAGACAAACCCAAAACAUCCACAAUGUCCACUCCAGCAAAACCCUCUCAAUCAAAUUCCAAUUCCAUCUCAAAAGUUAGGGUUGUUGUCAGGAUUCGCCCCUUUCUCCCCCAUGAAAUCGCUGCCAGAAAUGGAAACUCCACCCCUUGCGUCUCUGUUCUUGACUCAGAACUCGAAUCUGACCACGAAGUCACUGUUCAUCUCAAAGAUCAAGAAACCAGUCGGAACGAGUGCUACAAGUUGGAUUCAUUUUUUGGCCAAGACGACAACAAUGUGAGUAAGAUUUUCUACAGAGAAGUCAGCCAUUUGAUUCCCGGGAUGUUUCGCGGCUGCAAUGCUACUGUCUUCGCCUACGGGGCUACUGGAAGUGGAAAAACCUACACCAUGCAGGGUACUGAUGAGAUCCCAGGUUUAAUACCACUGGCCAUGUCAACAAUUCUGUCCUUGUGCCAAAGCACAAGAAGUACCGCUGAGAUUUCCUACUAUGAAGUCUAUAUGGACAGGUGUUAUGAUCUGAUGGAAGUCAAAGCACAGGAAAUUGCAGUGUUGGAAGACAAAGAUGGGCAAAUUCAUCUCAAGGGACUAUCUCGGGUUCCAGUUAAUUCCAUGUCCGAAUUCCGCGAGGUCUUUUCAUGUGGAAAGCAGAGGAGAAAGGUUGCGCACACGUGUCUUAACGAUGUCUCUAGUAGAAGCCAUGGGGUACUUUCAAUUACUGUUUCAACUCCUUCUGAUGAUGGUUCUGGGGUUGAUGUUGCAGGGAAGCUGAACCUCAUAGAUUUAGCAGGUAAUGAAGACAAUCGAAGGACUUGUAAUGAAGGGAUUCGUCUACAAGAAAGUGCAAAAAUUAAUCAGUCCUUAUUUGCAUUGUCAAAUGUGAUUUAUGCUCUUAAUAACAACAAAACCCGAGUGCCUUAUCGUGAAAGCAAACUAACCCGGAUAUUGCAAGAUUCUCUUGGCGGAACUAGUCGUGCUUUGAUGGUUGCUUGCUUGAAUCCAGGAGAGUAUCAAGAAUCGGUGCAUACGGUCAGUUUGGCAGCUCGGUCCCGCCACAUCUCUAAUUUUGUUUCUUCAGCUCAAAAAAAUGACACUCCCAAGCUUAAAGUUGAUAUGGAGGCAAAGCUUUGUGCUUGGCUUGAAUCAAAAGGCAAGACAAAAAGUGCCCAAAAAAUGGGGGCAUUUGGUUCUCCAUUUGUAAUCAAAACUCCAAGCUCGAUGCACUCAGCAAAGAAGCCCAGCGCAUACAACAACAGCUCUGCAAAACAGAAGCCUAACACCAAUCAUUGUGCUUCUAAUGUGAAAGAAAGGGGUUCGGCUGUGCCACGCAAAAAAUUAUUCGGUAAUGGAGAUCCGGUUUAUCCAAACGUGAAGGAGGCUAUGUAUCUUCGCAAAGUAGAAGAGCAUGCUGUUAUUUCAGAAGAUGGAAGCUCAAUAAACGUUUCAGUAGCUCAGUCCAAUGUUGCUUUUCAGCUGCAUACAUCCACUGGUUUAGAGGUUCAUACUGAGGACAAUGCAGAGACUCCACAGAGUCUAGAAGUUACUACUGAGGAAAAUACAGGAGAGGAGACUAAGGUCUCUGCUGAGAAGACCUUGUUUGAAUCAACAUGUACACCUGUUAUAUUGUUGGACAAAGCGGAGAAGAUGAUAACUAUCAAUGCUGCCGACUUUGAUGGAUCCUCACCAAUUUGUGAGAAAAUUAAAGCACUUCAGAGUUCUCUGAGAAAAGUUCUUUCUCCCAUCAAAUCCAAGAUAAACAUUGAGAAUAUGUCCUCCAGAGAUCAAGUAUGUGCAGUUCUUCUUGAUCCCAAGACUCCCAAAACACCUUUCCUUCUUAGCUGUGCGAGUGAAAAAUCACAAAAGAUUGGCACUCCACUCGAUAAAUUUAAUGCACUCGGCUCUAAUUUAAAGUGCUCUCUCAUCCAAGAAUAUAUUGAUUUUCUGAAUUCAGCAAGCAGGGAGGAACUUAUGGAAUUGAAGGGAAUUGGAGAGAGGAUGGCCGAGUACAUACUUGAGCUCAGAGAAACGAGUCCACUGAAAUCGUUAAGUGAUUUGGAGAAGAUAGGCCUCUCGUCCAAGCAGGUUCAUAACAUGUUCAAUAGAACUGCAAGAGGAUUAUUUGAUUGACUACCACACUGUACAACACUCAGUUGCUCAGCACGUGAAACAUGUGGUUGAUUCAAUUUGUUGAUUAUGGUCUGUUUUAUUUUAUUUUUUAUUAUUAUUAUUUUUUUUAUCUCUGUAAUAUUGUUUUAACAUUAUGAUUAUGGUAGAGAACUCAUUUGGUGUCAAACAGCAUUGAAAUUUGUCAAUUUUAUUUAUGAUUAUUUAGUAUUA